CCUGUUCGUCUUUCUGUGACUGACAGACUACAAUGUGCUCUUUGCUGCCUCUGAAAUUCCACAAUCUGUCCCUUCAACACCAAUUUGUCCAUACUCCACGGCAUUGUCAACGCGUUCCCCUGAUCUGCUGGUCCGCACUCAGCUUCACCUUCCCAAGCUCAAGUUUUCCCCAGUCCACUCCAUCUCCAACCCCCACGCACGAACUCCAUAGACUAAUACCAAAUGCCAAGAUCGCUUCCAAUUCUUAAUUCCAUUUCCGACCCCAUUUACAUCUGAGCAGUGAGCACGCGCUGCGCUCAAGAACUCGCCAAGAAACGAACCGUCAGUACUUCGCCAAGAAACCAUGCUGGAGGAGGACGGCGCCAUGGACGCGGACCACCUCGUGGGCGAGGAGCCGGGGUCGCCUGCGCGGGAACCCGGCGGCGAGCCGGCCUGGGCGGCCGCCGUGCUGGAGCCGGUGCGGUGGGUGCGGAUGCUGUGCCGGGAGCUGGGCGCGACGUUCGAGAAAAGUUUUAUGAAUGAGGUGAUGUUCUGCCCUCUUACGGGGGUGCAAGAGACUAUUUGUCCACAGAUUUACAUAUUCAAUGAACGUCUGCACCGAGAAGGCUGUGUGUCGCAGGUCGAGGUCUUUGAUCCAGUUGUUCGAAUACUUGGAACGGUUUCAGCUACUAUUGUUGCAAUGGCUACCGGACUCCCAGUGAGUUCUGCUGUACUUUGCUUGGUGGGAAUAUCAACAGCAGUUGCCAUUGCUGAUGUAACGAUAGAUGCUUGCAUCGCAAAGAACAGUAUUGAUAAGCCGGCAUUGGCUCCAGACAUGCAGAGUCUUUGUGCAUUCUCAUCAUCUCUAGGUGCACUUAUUGGGUAUGCCACAAGUGGCAUGUUUGUCCACCAUCUCGGGGCACAGGGUGCAUUAGGUGUGAUGGCUAUACCUCCUGCUACAGUGGUUUUCCUUGGAUUUUUUAUAUAUGAGCUGAAAACAUACCAACAUAAUGCUAAAGAGAAGGUUUUAAACAAGGUUAGUGGGGCAGUGAAGGGAAUGGUUCGGACUAUAAAGUAUCCAGUAGUGUGGAAACCAUCUCUUUACAUGUUCCUAUCGCUGGCUUUGAGUAUCAGCACCCAUGAGGGGCAGUUCUACUGGUACACUAACAAAACACCACCAAAUCCUGGAUUUUUGCAGGAAUUCGUCGGGCUGGUCCACGCCAUCGGCGCGGUGGCGUCCAUGGUGGGCGUGCUCAUCUACCACAAGUGCCUCAAGGACUACCCGUUCCGGAGCAUCCUCUUCUGCGCGCAGCUCCUCUACGGCGUCUCCGGUCUCCUGGACCUCACCUUCGUGCUCCGCUGGAACCUGGCGCUCGGCGUGCCCGACGCCGCCUUCGUGAUCCUGGAGGAGUGCGUCUCCCGCGUGGUGGGCCGCGUCCGGCUGAUGCCGAUGAUGGUGCUGAGCACCAAGCUGUGCCCGCCCGGCGUCGAGGGCACCUUCUUCGCGCUGCUCAUGUGCAUCGACAGCCUCGGCAUGCUGGCGGCCAAGGCCGGCGGCGCCGCCGUGCUGCGCGCGCUGCACGUGACCAGGGACGACUUCGCCCGCCUCUGGCUCGCCGUGCUGCUCAGGAACGCGCUCAGGCUCGCCACGCUGGGGGCCAUCUGCCUCGUGCCCACGGCCGACCAGACCGACGUGCUGGUCCCGCGAGAGCUCCUGGUGAGCUCGCCGGCGGCUGUGGCCGGUGAUGACGAGGAAAGGCUGCAGCUCGCGAUGCUCACUGCCCACACUGACGAUGUAUGAUAUAUAUGAUCCACGUUGUUGUGUACAAAAGGAAAUGAAUCAGCCAAAGUGAGCAUGCCUCGUGCCCACGGCCGACAAGACCGACGUGCUGGUCCCGCGAGAGCUCGUGGUGAGCUCGCCGGCGGCUGUGGCCGGUGAUGACGAGGAAAGGCAGCAGCUCGCGAUGCUCACUGCCCACGCUGACGUUGUAUGAUAUAUAUGAUCCACGUUGUUGUGUACAAAAGGAAAUGAAUCAGCCAAAGUGAGCAAAGGAAUUUUUUUAAAGGAAAAAAAAAAGAGCAAUGGACUCAUGGGUACUACACGGGCUCUCGGAAAAAAGUUGCUAGAGUUGCUGGUCCAAUCACCGAUAAGUUUCCCACUUGGGACCCUCUGAUUGUUGGUCAAAAGGAGUCAGAAUUUCUAAAAUCAAAUAGCUUGUACUCACUCUAGUAAAAGAUACUCGAGUCUUUUGACUUUUCAUCCUUGAUAUGCGAC